CUUUCCCCCAUCGACUUUCGCGCCUAGCCUGCUCUGCGGCAGGUGGUACUGGUGCUGGAUUCUCCGGAUCUCAAGAUGGCCAUACGAGCGACGCUUGCGGUGGCCGUGGCCAUACUGGCGGGCCUGAUCCAUGUCAGGUCUGUGUCGGCAGAGGUCGAAAAGCGCUGGACACUUCCUGUCCCGCUACCUCCUCAGUCCGUGUAUCUCGAUCCUUUCUCGUUUGCCGUUAUUGGCGAGAACGAUACCUUCAGGAAUAAUUCAGUGACAGGCUACUUCAACCCUACGAACGCGACCGCACCUUUUUUCCAGAUCUUUGACCCCUCGUUCGUCACCACGGUGCUCGGCGAAUCCCCGUCUAUCCAGAGCAUCGCCUACAAUCCAGGCUUCGCCUUCGCUCACGAAGCACCUAUAUAUGUCCCAGAGCUCGACGAGGUCUUCUUCACGAGUAAUGAUGGAGGUACCCUGGGCUACAGCAACUGGUACAACAACAGCGUCGUUGGUAAGAUCAGUAUGACGGAAGUGGAGAGUGCCGUCAGCGCCGCCGGCACUACGCCAGCCAAUGUGAAUGUCCAAGUUACAGAGCUGCCGUUGGCCGACACCAUCCAAAUGACCAACGGCGGCACUGGUCCCUACUACGGAAACCUGGUACUGGUGACGUCCGGACGCGCGCUAUUUCCACCCUCCCUGGCCUUGGUGAACCCGAACCCCCCCUACAACGUGACAGUCCUUUUGGAUAACUACUUUGGCCGUCAAUUCAAUUCUUUGAACGACGUGAAGAUUCACAGACAGAGUGGGAACAUCUUUUUCACCGAUCCAACUUACGGAUAUCUCAAUCAGUUCCGCCCCGCUCCCGGUUUGCCAACGCAGGUUUACCGGUACAAUCCGGCCACGGGGGCGGUCAAGGUCGUAGCGGAUGGUUUCAACAAGUGCAAUGGUGUUGCAUUCAAUCCCUCCGAAACGGUAGCAUACGUGACGGAUACUGGAGUUUCUGGUGGCUUCGAGGGUUUUGAUCAGACCCUUCCGGCAACGAUCUACGCCUUCGAUAUCGACCCUCUCACCCAAGCCUUCACCAACCGACGCGUCUUCGCAUACGCCGACGCGGGUGUCCCCGACGGUAUUCAAGUUGAUUCGCUUGGUAAUGUCUACUCCGGCUGUGGAGACGGUAUUCAGGUCUGGAACUCGGAGGGUACCUUAAUCGGCAAGUUCUUCCUGAACUCCACCUCAGCAAACAUGAUAUUUGCGGGUCCUGGUCGCCUCGUUAUCCUAGACGAGACCACAAUAUAUCUCGCCAGGAUCCAGGCUCAGGGCAUUGAUCUGGCGUAUCCUUAAGGGGAUGGACAUGUCACUAGAGGGACUAUAGUUGAUGCACGCGCCCGCUGAACAGGUCGUUAUCGGCCGCUGCCAUAUGUUGUUGAGCUUUAAUUGAGGUACACUUCCCUCGAAA